AUGCAGACCUCAAACAAUUGGACUUACCACUCCAUCGUCGGCGCCUAUGCCCUCAGCAUCUUACCGCAUGGAUACUACUAUUGGAAAAUGAUGCGAGCCACAAACUGGAAGACUUCAAACCUAAUGCCCCGUGAGAACCUCAACUCCCUCCGCGACAAAAUCCCCGCAGACAUCUGGGCUCGACUAUGCCGCGCUCGCGGUGCCCAUCUCAACGCUUUUGAAAGCCUGCCACUAUUUGCGGCUGCAAUGAUUGCAGGAAAUGUGUCGAACCUCCCGACUAAGGAACUCAAUAUUCUAGCGGCGGAGUAUCUCGGCGCAAGAGUACUUUAUACAGCGGUGUACAUGGGCGCACGCUCAGAGUUAAUGAGCUAUGUAAGGACGGGCUUGUACGGUUGGAGUGUCGGCAUACCUCUUUAUGUGUUGAUCAAGGCGGGAAACAGCAUGUUGGGGGGUGGGAGUGUUUGA